AUGAGCCGGAAAAGCAUGGUUAAUUUGUUAGAAGCAAGUGGUCGUGUGAAGGGCUUCUCGAGAAGAUAUUCCAGCUUUGAAAUGAACUCAUUUUGUGGAAAUUGCGUGUUUUUCACUUGCUUUGCUGUUUUUACUACGUUUUUCGGAAAGCUGGUACUUCACCUAGACAUUAACAAACGUUCCUAUAAUCAUGUGCCCGGGGAAUGUGGUAUUAUACCGAACUUACCUGGAAUUUUGUCACUAACUACUUCAACUGGGGGCCGUCUUUAUAUGACAACUAAUUCAAAAAAUGGUAUAUCUGACAACACGCAUAUCUUCACAUUCUAUCCGGAUAACCGUACAGCUCGAGAAAUCGAAAUUCGAGGAGCCCCGCCGCAACGGAGAACGAAACCGGGACCAAUGAGUGUGGCCGUGGACUCGAAUAACCCAAAUAUUUUCGUGUUCAACCGACAAACCGGAAAUGUUGACGUUUUUGGGACCAAUGAACUAUCUGAUGUGUGGGAGUAUCGGAAGUCUUUGAAAACCGAAAAGUUCAGUGGAAUAUCUGCUCUUUCGGCGUCCGGAACAAAUUCGUUUUAUUAUGUGAAGAGCGGAGUUUGGAGCGACAAUUUUGCUUUGAACAUUUUAGAGAGAACAUUUUCAUUUCCAAGUGGAGAAGUUGGUUUUGCAAAAGGGAAAGUUGUUCAACAUCUGACUUAUCUUUCGAGCCCCUCUGGAAUUAUUUAUGAUUCCUUGAAAAAAACCAUCUUCGUCACAUCCUUUUCUCGGGAAUCUUUAUAUGUUUUGAAAAUGAAGAAAAAUAAUAUUAUCGCAUCUUCAAAGGAUUACAAUAUUGGCUGUUCUCCCACUUCGAUAUGGGAAGAUUUCGAUGGAUCAUUUCUCAUUACCUGUCAGCCGGUCAGGUUUCGAUAUCUUCUCCAUGUGUUUGAUGUGACAUCGUCUGCCCCAUCAAUGGUUCUCCGUGUUGUUGUGCCCGUCAAUAAUGAAACUGAACUCUCAAUCACACAACUGUACUCGAAUGAUGGUGCUACCAUAUCUCUUGCAAAUGUCACUGUCAGAGCUGGAAGGAGUUUGCUAAUUUCCAAUGGAAACAAGAUUUUGAAUUGUCAUCUUUAA